AUGUAUAAACAACUAGCAUUUUUUCGUAAACAUGAAAUGAAUGAAGUGAAAAGAUUCAUCAAACAACAAAAUAAUGCAUUUGGUUAUGGAUCUAUUACAAAAGUAUCUCAUUCUCAAUCACCUACACCAUGUCGUGGAUGUCAACAAUUAAUUGAUUUAGGUUCGCCAUGUAUAUAUAUAAAACGAUCCGAUGAUUACACUAAUCUUUGGCAUCCACAAUGUUUUAGAUGUACACAAUGUAAACAAUUUCUUGUUGAUUUAAUGUAUUUUUAUAACGAUGAUCAAAUUUAUUGUGAACGACAUCAUGCUGAUUUAUAUAAACCACGAUAUACAAAUUGUGAUCAAAUUAUGUUCCGUUUUCAAUGUAUUAAAAUAGAAGAUCAUGAUUGGAAUAAGUAUAAUUUUUCUUGUGCCAAUUGUAAUGAACGUUUAGACGAUGACCGUUAUAUUACGCGUGAAAGUCAAGCAUUUUGUUCAAAUUGUUUUGAAACAAUGUAUCUAAAUUAUUGCGAUACAUGUUGUGAACAUAUUGAAAUCAAUCAAACUAAAAUAACUCGGCAAUCUCAUCAAUGGCAUGCAACACAAACAUGUUUUUGUUGUUAUACCUGUCUUAUUCCAUUAAAUAAUAACAAUAAUGAUUUUUUACAAGAUGAUGGUGCAUUAUUUUGUUCAAAUGAAUGUGCAUCAAAAAUUAAUAACCAUCCAAUAAAUGCACAAUUAAUUCUACAAAAUAUUAUUCGUCAACAUCCUGAUAUUCCAACAUCAUAUAUACAUAAAAAUAAAUCACCAGCAUUUGUUCAACACCAAACAUUAUUUGGCUUUUCUUGUUCAAAAGAACAAAAACGUAAGAUAAUAAAAAUUCAUUCUCGUAAAUCAAUAAAAUUUGAUAAUGAUUUAAAUUUAGAACAAACUGAUUGUGAUUGUGUAUCAGUUGAAUUACCACGUUGCUCAACAUCUUCAUUUACAUUGUUACCUUAUUUUACAAAUUGUUUAAAAAGUUUUUCUUCAAGUGGAGCAAUGUUUCUAAUAUCGCGUCCAAAAUCAAGAAUAACAUCACAAUUUCCAUGUUCAAGUUCAUUAAAUGGGUUAUCAAGAUUUACAAAAAAACAUUGUACUCAUUUCGUUAAUGAUGAUAAUCAAGAUGUAAAUGAAACAAAUAUACUUAAUCAAAAAACAACAAAACUCAAUAAUAAUAACGAACGUCGAAAAAAACGUGGUAUUUUUGGUUUCUCUUUUUUUUGUAUAUUUUCAAAAUCUGUUCAUUAA